AUGAAAAAAUAUAAAAUCUUGGCUUUACCUGGAUGGGAAAAUGAUGGAUUCAUUUUGAAAAAACAUAUGGGGGAAUUGCAUGAUUUGAUCUCAAAAUAUGUCGAAAUUGAGUAUCUGGAUCCUCCUUAUGAUGUUUCUAAAAGUAUGUUUCCCCUUCCUCCGUUAUUGGAUACUUAAGGAAGAAAAGUUUAUAGAUGGGGGAAUUAUUAUUUGGAUAUGUCAGAAGACAUUGAAAGAAUAAAAAAUAGAAUUCUUGAAAAUCCCAACAUUAUUGGAUUGAUGGGAUUCUCAUAAGGGGUCUUUAUAAUUGGAGAAAUUGGAUAACUUGCUUACACAGACUCAAGACUAGCAAAGCAGCUAAGGUUUCUUAUUUGCUUUUCGUCCAAUGGAAUAAAACCUCGUAGAAUUCAUUAUGAUAAAAAACAUCUAAUUACUAUACCUACUCUUCAGACUAUAGGUUCAAAGGAUUUUGCAUACCUGGAAUCGAUUAUUUAAACAACAGAAUAUUUGAAUUCUCAAAUCAUUUGGACAGAAUCAACUCAUAGAGUUCCAAUUUUAAGUUAUGAUUAGAAAAUUGAGUUAGCUAAUUUUAUCUCUGAUAAAUUGGAUCAGCCAAAACUCUGA